AUGAUCCAGAACAGACUCUACAAUAAGAAGGUCGACGUGUACAGUUUCGGAAUCGUUCUCUGGGAGCUUCUCACCGGCAUGCUCCCCUUCCAGAACAUGACGGCCGUCCAGGUGGCGUUUGCCGUGGACAAGGGGUUCCGCCCAGUCAUACCCCCCGACUGUCUGCCUGUGCUCGAGGAGAUCAUGUCCCGCUGCUGGGACGCCAACCCCGACCUCCGGCCCCCUUUCACUGAGGUUGUCAGGAUGCUCGAGGCUGCGGAGACCGAGAUCUUGACAACCGUCCGGAAGGCACGUUUCAGAUGUUGCAUGUCCCAACCCAUGACUACAGAUUGA